AGCGUGGGAGGAAGGGGAAAGAAAAUGAAGGAGGGGGAGGGGCAUCUUUUUGGUGGGCGGGGCAACAAAACAACAAGUCUUUUUCCCCUUGCCACACUUACAAGAAAGCCUUCUAUGAACGGCUAACAAGUCAAGAAAACAAAUGCAAGGCUCAACUUUGACCCAAUGCUGUACGUGUACCUUCGUCCCCACAUGAAGGCGGCGAGGCCGUCUCCGUCCGAAUCGUUCUCUGACUCAGAGCUAGAGUGCGCCGGGCUCUCCUCCAUCUCCUCCUCCUCAUUCCCUGCUUCGCCCUUGCCAGCCUCGGCCUUCUCCGGGUUCUCUUCCAUGAUCAGUCGCCUGUAUGUACUGCAU